UUAAACCCAAAAGAAGAAGUUGUUCUUUCUCUGUGCGGUGUAGUGGGGAAGGCCUCCGAUUUAGCUGCUUGGUAGUGAGUUUUGUGGAUUUGCGUUUGGCUUGUGUACCCUUGACCAUGGGGGACAUAAAAAAUUUUCUGUAUGCCUGGUGCGGAAAAAAGAAAUUGACCCCUAACUAUGAUAUCCGGGCGGCAGGAAAUAAGAACAGACAGAAGUUUAUGUGUGAGGUGAGAGUUGAGAGUUUCAGUUACAUCGGAAUGGGAAACUCCACCAAUAAAAAGGAUGCCCAGGCAAAUGCAGCAAGAGACUUUGUAAAUUAUCUGGUCCGUGUGGGACAGAUGAGUGCUUCUGAAGUACCUGCAUUAGGGGCCAGUGUUCCAGAUGUGCCCGAUGGAGGCGGUGGUGCAGAAGGGAGUGGGUUUGGGACUCUGCCUGCGAGUGGUCCUUUGCCACCACAUUUAAUUGUGAAACAAGAGAAUGAGACUGAAACUGAGCCGAGCUCUGCUCCAGUUCCUGGAGUAACUGGCCUUGGCUACUCGGGUUUGAAAAAUCCUCAGUGGGACCGAGGAGCUAAUCUACAGGAUUACUACUCCAGGAAAGAGGAACAGGAUGCAAAAGCUACCCUAGAGUCUGAGGAAGUAGAUUUAAAUGCUGGUCUACACGGAAACUGGACUCUGGAUAAUGCCAAGGCCCGUCUGAACCAGUUCUUUCAGAAAGACAAAAUCCAAACAGACUACAAGUACAACCAAGUGGGGCCAGACCACAACAGGAGCUUCAUUGCUGAAAUGACUAUCUUUGUGAAACAGUUGCGUAGAAAUAUUUUUGCUCGUGAGCAUGGCUCCAAUAAAAAGCUGGCAGCCCAGUCGUGCGCGCUGUCCCUGGUCCGUCAGCUCUACCAUCUAGGGGUCAUUGAGGCUUUUACAGGACAGACCAAGAAGAAAGAAGGAGAGACGUUGGAGGUGUAUAAUGUGAACGUUAGUGAUGAGCUGAAGCAUCAACUACAGAGUUUCAUCCAUGAGCUUGGCAUCCAGAUUCCUCCAGCUGAUCCUAGUGGCCCAGUGUCUCUGGUUCAGGGAAAGUUAGCCCAGUUUGAGCCAUCACAGAGGCAGAGUAUAGGAGGUGUGGUGCAGUGGUCUCCUCCUCAAGUCAACUGGAACCCUUGGACCAGCAGCAACAUUGAUGAGGGACCUCUGGCUUUUUGCACCCCAGAGCAGAUCAGUUCAGACCUGCAAAGUGAGCUCCACUACCAAAUAGAUCAUGACACCAACCUGCAGGAGAGGCUGCAUGAGCGAGAGCAGCUGCCUGUCAAAAAGUUUGAGGAGGAAAUAAUGCACACCAUCAACAGCAAUCCGGUAGUGAUCAUCCGUGGGGCCACAGGCUGCGGAAAGACCACGCAGGUGCCGCAGUACAUUCUGGACCAGUACAUUCGAGGAGGAAGAGCCUCAGAGUGCAACAUUGUCGUCACUCAGCCUCGACGAAUCAGCGCGGUGUCAGUGGCUGAGCGUGUGGCGUACGAAAGAGGUGAAGAUCUCGGGAAGAGCUGCGGAUACAGCGUACGCUUUGAGUCCAUCCUGCCCAGACCGCAUGCCAGCAUCCUCUUCUGCACUGUCGGGGUUCUCCUGAGGAAGCUGGAAGCCGGAAUUCGAGGAAUCAGCCAUGUGAUUGUAGAUGAAAUCCAUGAGCGAGACAUUAAUACCGAUUUCCUGAUGGUGGUGUUAAGAGAUGUGAUCCAUACCUUCCCUGACGUCCGUGUUGUCCUUAUGUCUGCCACCAUUGAUACAACCAUGUUCAGAGAAUACUACUUCAACUGUCCCAUCAUAGAAGUAUUUGGACGCACAUACCCCGUUCAACAGUAUUUCCUGGAGGACUGCAUUCAGAUGACACAGUUUGUUCCACCUCCAUCAGAUAAGAAGAGAAAAGACAAAGAUGAGGAAGGUGGUGAGGACGAGGUAAACUGUAACUUAACGUGUGGACCCGAGUAUGGUCCAGAGACCAAACGCUCCAUGGCCCAAAUGAACGAGAAGGAAACUCCAUUUGAGUUAAUUGAGGCCCUGUUGAAGUACAUCGAAACGUUGCAAGUAGCUGGGGCUGUAUUAGUAUUCCUGCCUGGCUGGAAUCUCAUCUAUUCCAUGCAGAAACACUUGGAGAUGAACACACAUUUUGGUAGCCAUCGUUACAGGAUCCUGCCUCUCCACUCUCAGAUCCCCAGAGAGGAGCAAAGGCUGGUGUUUGAGCCCGUACCUGAAGGAGUGACUAAGGUUAUUCUAUCAACAAAUAUUGCUGAGACCAGCAUUACCAUCAACGAUGUGGUCUAUGUCGUUGACUCCUGCAAGCAGAAGGUGAAGCUAUUUACUGCCCAUAACAACAUGACCAACUAUGCAACUGUGUGGGCAUCCAAGACCAACCUGGAGCAGAGAAAGGGCCGAGCUGGACGUGUGAGGCCAGGUUUCUGCUUCCACCUGUGUAGCAAAGCACGCUUUGACAAAUUGGAGACCCACAUGACUCCAGAGAUCUUUCGCACACCGCUGCAUGAGGUGGCACUCAGCAUCAAGCUGCUCAGGCUUGGUGCUAUUGGCCAUUUUCUAGCCAAAGCAAUUGAGCCUCCUCCUCUGGAUGCUGUGAUUGAAGCUGAACACACUCUCCGAGAGCUAGAUGCACUUGACAGCAACGAUGAGCUGACCCCAAUGGGACGUAUCCUGGCCCGACUGCCCAUUGAGCCUCGUCUGGGAAAGAUGAUGAUCAUGGGCUGCAUCCUAAAUGUAGGAGAUGCCGUAUGCACAAUUUCUGCCGCCUCAUGCUUCUCUGAGCCAUUCAUCAGCGAGGGCAAGCGUUUGGGGUUUGUUCACAGGAACUUUGCAGGCACACGAUUCUCUGACCAUGUGGCCCUACUUUCUGUCUUUCAAGCCUGGGAUGAAGUCAGGAUGGGUGGAGAAGAGGCAGAAGCCAGGUUCUGUGAGCACAAGCGUUUGCAUAUGUCCACUUUAAGGAUGACCUGGGAGGCCAAAGUCCAGCUAAAGGAGAUCCUAAUUAACACCGGUUUUCCUGAAGAGUGCCUGAUGAAUCAGGUGUUCAACAACGUGGGGCCAGACAAUAAUCUGGAUGUGGUGAUCUCCUUGCUGACCUAUGGCUCCUACCCCAAUGUCUGUUACCACAAAGAAAAAAGGAAAAUUUUGACUACCGAAGGUCGAAAUGCACUCAUCCACAAGUCUUCUGUUAACUGCCCUUUCUCCAGUCAAGACCCGAAUUAUCCGUCACCUUUCUUCGUCUUUGGGGAAAAGAUUCGAACCCGAGCCAUUUCAGCCAAAGGAAUGACCAUGGUCAGCCCUCUCCAGCUCAUUUUGUUUGCUGCCAAGAAAAUCACAUCUAAUGGAGAAAUAGUUGUACUUGAUGACUGGAUCAAUCUGCGUAUUGAGCAUGAAGUCGCUGGUGGCAUUGCCGGACUAAGAGCUGCAAUGGAGGCUUUAGUGGUGGAAGUGACCAAAGAUCCGGAGUACAUCAGAAGUAUCGACCCGACCAACGAACGCUUGCUGAAUGUCAUUCGGCUCCUCUCCAGACCCUCCUCUGCAGGACUCAAUCUCAUGAUCAGCAAUCCACGUUUUGGAGAUGGUCCACGGCCUCCAAAGAUGCCCCGGAUGGAUGGCGAUGGAGGAUUCCGGGGUCGGGGAGGUUACCGAGGAGGUGGAGGAUACGGUGGUGGUGGUGGUGGUGGAGGAGGAGGGUACAGGGGUGGAGGUGGAUACCGGGGUUCGGGUGGGUAUCGGGGUGGAGGGGGUGGAGGCGGUUACGGAGGGGGUGGAGGCGGUUACAGGGGAGGUGGAGGCGGUUACAGGGGAGGUGGAGGCGGUUACGGAGGGCGUGGAGGUGGUUACGGAGGAGGGGGAGGCGGUGGCGGUUAUGGAGGAGGGGGAGGCGGUGGCGGUUAUGGAGGAGGGGGAGGCGGUUACAGGGGAGGUCGUGGGUUCAACAGAGGUGGGAAUGGAGGAUUCUAGAGAUGGACUUAAAACUGGUGUUUUAAUGUUUGCAGAUGUUUGUGCCAUUUUAGCACCAUGUUUAAUGUUUUGUUGCAUGAUUUGAUUAAUUUUGUGUGUUAAAAGUCUAGUUUUGUGCAUUUGGGAAAUAGUAGAAACCUAUUCUAGUUGAACCCUUAUUAAAAAAAAAAAGUAUGCAUCAAAGUCUCUUCUGGUACUUUCAUAGUGAUGCUUUCAUUUGAAAAGUGACCAAAUUAUUCUUUUCAUUUUAAUGUUCAAGUGUAGUGUUUUGAUAAAUUGCAAAAUGUGUAUUCAUUCCUUGAAUGAAAUGUAACAGUAAAGUCAUCAUUAACUAUGAAA